GUACUCGGAAUCCACUAUAUCGUUGGCUUGUUGGACAAGGUGCUAUCAAUGAGUUUGCAUUUUCUCCUUGCUCUCGAUUCUUAGCUGUUGUUGGACAGGAUGGUUAUCUUAGGGUAUUCAACUAUGAUUCCAUGGACUUAGUUGGAUCUAUGAAAAGCUAUUUUGGUGGACUUCUUUGUGUAUGUUGGUCUCCUGAUGGCAAAUAUCUUGUUACUGGUGGAGAGGAUGAUUUAGUUACUGUCUGGUCAUUUCAUGAAAAAAAAGUAAUUUGUAGAGGAGAAGGACAUCGGUCAUGGGUUAAUGUAGUAGCCUUUGAUCCUUACACAUCAAAUUUUUCUGAUACAGAAGGCUGUGAUUUUAGUGGUAGUGAUGAAGAAUUUCAUUAUGGGACAUUACAUAACCAUGAAGGGAAAAGUGAAAACUCUGUUCAUGAAACUAGUGUAUUAAAUCGAUCAAGGACUGGAUCAAAUAAAAGUUUUUCUGACACUCGGACAACAAAUUUUACGUCAUAUCGUUUUGGUUCUGUUGGCCAGGAUACAUUUUUAUGCUUAUGGGACUUGACAGAGGAUGUUCUUAAGCAACCUGUAGGUCGUACAAGGACAAGUACCAUUAUUGGACCAAAUGCAUUUAAUUAUAUGUCCCGUUGUAAUAGUCUACCAAAUUCUCAAAAAUCUAAUUCCUUGAACACACAGGUACCAAUUGUUGAUGGAAAUUCUCUGCCAAAUGCAUCUGUGAAUAUCACUGCUAAAUUUGCCACACUGUCUCUUGGAGAUAGAAAAGAUAAGGAUCAUGAAAAAAAGGAACACAAAAGAAAUUUAAGUUUAGCUGGCAGAAGCAGUGAAAAAGUAAGCAUAUUGAAAACCAGUGUUCGGCCUAUUGAUGAGUCUUUAAAAUUACUUGGAACUCCAGCUUGUCCACGCUUAGAUGAAAUUCCUAUGUUGGAACCUCUUAUAUUUAAAAAAAUAGCACAUGAACGGCUAACAGCUUUAGUUUUUAGAGAAGAAUGCAUUGUUACUGCAUGUCAGGAAGGUUUUGUUUACACAUGGGCUCGUCCAGGAAAAGUGCUUUUCACAAAGAUUGAAUCUUGCAAUGAUGGAUGUUGAAGAUAAAUGCUGGAAUGAAUAUAACAUUACAGAUGGCAGCACUACAAAUCUUUAGAUGGGAGAUCCAUCUAUCCUAUAAACUUUGACCAUUUUUGAAAAAUACAUAAACCUCUCGUCUUUUCUACCAUCAUGACUUUGUAUUAUAUUGCUAAUAAUAACCAUAAUAAAUAACACAGCAAAAAUAUAUAGGAAUAACAUAAGAAACACAACAGCAGUCAGCCUUUCUGCAAGGCUGUGUAACAUAUAGUUAAACAUUAAGACAGCAAUAAACUGCUUUUUUUUUUUUGUUUUUGAUUUUUGAACAAAAUAUAUAUUUAAACCUCCCACCCCAAUAAUUUUUUUCAUCAAAACUAAAAAUCUAAGAAACAAAAUAUCAAGUGAAACACACACAUAAACUCACAGUCACACAUGCGUAUAUACACAUACAUGCAUAUGUACAUGUGUGUAUUAUAAAUAACUGAAACAGUACAACUGUGAUCUAAAGUUUCUCCUUUCAGCUCAUCAGGUAAUAAAUGUUAUAAAUAGUUGAAAAUUAUUCCAGCAUUUCUCACUGGUUGGUCAGAAUAAAAGAAUAAUCAGCACAUGUCUGAUAUUAGGGGGUGGGGUUACUAAUUUUUAAAGAUAAAUGCAAACAUGAUUAUCCUUUUUGAUACAAACUUUCUGAUUUACAGUGAUCUAAAUUAAAACCUUCCAUUGACAUUUCAUGUUAAUUUAUGUUCCAAACUUCAGUUUAAUAACAGCAAUUUUACUAAAUUCUUUAGUAUUUGAAAAUUUAAUUAAAACAAUGGUAAUGUAUUGACUGAUAAAAAAGGAAAACUUUUUCUUUGUUGUGAAAAAAAGGUAUCUGCUUAGUGAAAUUUGUAUCCUGUUGGUUUAAAAACAUUUUAAAAUAAAUUAGUGGCGUGUACUGGCCCAAAAUCUCAGUUGUGGAUGAGGAUGUUUUCAUCAUUGAACAGAAUGGUGUAUUUCCAAAAUAUGUAAAACUAAUAUAUAUUCUUCUGUUGAUUUUUGUUUUUAGUAAUUUAAGAAUUUCUUUUUUUAAGUGAACAUUUAAGCUCCUGGCCUUCAAAUCCCAAAUAUGUUUGGACAAAAUUGUGUUUGAUUUUCUGGCUGGAAUAGAAGUAUAUUUGCAUCUAAUAUAUAUCAAUUUCACUAGUAAACUUGCAAUUUUUAUGGUUGACUCAUUUGUGAACAAUUUUUGCAAUAUAAUAUAUUGGAGAUAGCUAAAGAAUGGGACAAAAUACAUAAUACAUUUACAAUUGUCAGUAUAAUAUAUAUGGAGAUAGCUAAACAAUUGUCAUUCUAUUGAAGCUAUUACAUUUUGUAGCUGCUUUAAAAAUUGUUGAAGUUAUAAGUUUUUCAGUAUUGAAAUUAGAUAAAGAUGUAGUGAAAUAACUAACUUUAAUACAAUUUUGAUUAAAGAUUCUCUCUUGCGCUUUCUAAUUUUGUCUCUUAGUUAAAAUCCUUAUUUAUUAACACAUUGUUGUAAUAAUUUGAGGUGUUAUUGAAAGCAUGUCUAUUGUAUGAGGUAAUGAAAUGAUUUCCACUAUUCUUUACAAUGCUAUUUGAAACUAGUGUUAUGUGAUUUGUUGUUAUGCUAAUUUAUUCAAGUGUUUCAUUUGGCCUUCUCUAACGAUGGUAUUUGCUAGUCUUUAAAUUUAAGAUAAUGCUUGAAAAAAUUGGCUAUUUUAAGUUUGGUAUCCAUUGAGAUCUUCAACAUUUAAUUCUUUUAAUAUUUCAAUAAGGUUUUUUUCCUUAAUCUCUCAGCUAGCUGAUUGUUUGUAUUUCUAAGAUACAAUGAUACACUCCUUUUAUUUUAAUAGUAAGCAUUAGUAUUGGAGUUAAUAGAGAUACAUAUGCCUAUCAGUCACAGUAUUGUGCUGACAUAACUGGGGUUUGAAAUUCAGAAACUUUAAUUUUCAUUUGAAGUAGGUAAUCACUAAGUUUGCAAUAGAGGAAUAUUUGUCAGCUUUUCUUAUCUCAGAAAUAACCCAUUGCAUUUCACAUUGUAAAUAUUCUUCAUCACAGCUGAGAAUUAAUUUUAAAAUGUCAAACCAAAGGAAAAAGAAGAACAGUUACUUUCUUUAUUACAUCAACAGAAAAGCUACAAAUAAUUUUUCCUUUUUAAAAAAUCUUAAUAUUUAUUUAUUUGUGUGUGUGUGUGUGUGUGUGUGUGUGUGUGUGUGUGUGUGUGUGUGUGCACGUGCACGCAUGCAUGUGUAUAAAUUAUUCAUAGACAUAGUAUAAUAAUUUGGAAUAUAUUAUUUUGAUUAUAAUUAUAUCUAUGUUGAUCUUUCAAAGAUUAGUAAUCCCUGACAAAGACUAUUCAUCUAUUCUGAUUAACCAAUGAGUUUGCUGGGCUGUUUUGUUUUGUUUUUUUAAGAUAAACUGCAUACUUAUAACUUCCUGUCACAAUUGUACAGUUUUGGCAAUUUAUAAUAAAUUAUUAUAUUUUGCAACUUGUAUUGAGUACUUUUAUCUUGAGUUUGUAUAUACUAACAUGUAUUCAUUAUUCAUACAUACACAUCAACAUGUUAGUGAUAAUGAACUGAAGAAAAAGUAUUCAAUGCCAGAUGUAGAGUAUAAAUUUAAUUCAGCCAGCUAAAGCUAUUCAAAUGAUACUCUAAGUUUCCAUGUAAUGAUAAAAUGUUCCUUCAGUUGGUUAUAAUAGAAUGGAAACUUUAACAAUAACAUUGUUUAACACAAUUACAUUGUGUGCAUUUUGUUUGAGUAUGUGCAAGUGUACAUGCAAAGAUUAAGUGUUUACUUGCAUGUAUAUAUGAAUGCAUUCAUUACCUUAAGUUAUGUGUGUAUGUAUGUUAAUUUUAUGUUUCUGAAAAUCCAGAGUCAUUUCCCUGCCCUCAAAAUUCACCAACAGUCUUUUUCUUUUUCUUUUUUUUUAUAUUUGCUAACCAAUUCCUGAAGUCACAAAUAAGCAAUGUGAGGCUCUUGCUAGCCAAUGGGAGGUGUGCAUUCCUUUGCUAUUUUGUAAUAUCAUUUGUUAUUGUCAGUGUUUUUAUUCCAUGAAAGCCAACUGAAGUCAUUUUCAGCUCACUAAAUUUUAAAUUUAUAUAUAAUAUCUACUUCACCAUGUUUGCAUGGAUCA